UCCAUGGUUUCGUCCUCCCAGACGCCUUUGCGCGUAAGCAACAUGGCGGCGUCCGGGAGACAAGUAGGAAAGUACAUAUACAAAAACAAUAGAAUUUUGAUGAGCAACCUCGACCUGCUGUUAUUUCACAGGAAUUUUGUUGGGAUCUCACCUAUACGCCAACAAGCUGUAGAGGCCAAUAAAGCGGACUCUUCAGAGCCCAUCACCAUCCCCAGAAAGAAAGUAUGGCGCAAAGAGUCAGUAUUGGAGGCCUUGGCUAUGACAGUGAACAGGGAUCCUACAGCAUUUCCCUACCAAUUCCAGGAUGAUCCUUACCUUUCACCGAGAACUGCUGCUGAGUUUAAGCUGUUCUCUCUCUCUCAGGAGUCUGGAAGAUCUGCAGCUAAAUACUUUGUCAACAACCAUCCAAAGUUCUUCACCAAAGAUUUUGCUGAGCCACAUAUACCUUGUCUGAUGCCAGAUACAAUUUCACUGUGCCUUGAAGAAGUGAGCGAAGAGGCACUGAAGGAAAGGGUGAGCUUGAGAAAAGUCAAGGCUGCGGUCGACAUGUACGAUCAAAUGCUGCAAGCUGGCAAAUCUGUGUCCAUAGAGACAACCCACGAACUGUUAGACUUGAUUUGCCUCUUUUGUGACAGAGACCCUGUCAAUGAGGAUGGGCCACAGACUGAGGACAUGGAGGAGUCAAGGGGUGAUGUGAAGAGGUGGAGAGGGAAAUUUCGUCGAGCAUCAGACUUGCUGACGUUAACCUGGAGAGAAAAUAACAAUGCAGAAAGAAUAUUUAACCUGCUGCCAGCGAAAGAUACUCGAUGUUACUCCGCUCUCAUCAGAGGCAUGGUGAAGCAUGGUGCCUAUGCGAAGGCUUUCAGCAUGUACACAGACCUACUCAACAACAGACUGACAGCCGACGUCCACAUUUUCAACGCCCUGAUCUUGGCUGUUCCAGAAGUCAGAGAUAAAUACAUCGAGAGAUGGGACCUCGUCACUGAAAUUUUAAAGCAGAUGAGUCAACAGAAAGUCCAGCCCAACUUGCUGACCUUUAACAGUGUUCUCAAAGUCUUGAGACGCUGUGGCUCUUUGGCCAGAUCGUUGGCACUGCAGACUCUGAGUGAGAUGAGGGCUCUGCGGAUCGCGCCCAGUCUGGCCACCUUUGACCAUGUCUUGGCUGUAUUUUACAAAGCAGCAUCAUCUGGCCAGGGCAACACCGACAUGUUACAGGAAGUGAUGUCAGAGUUGGCAGGGAAAAGCUUCACCUGCCAGGACCCUGGAGAUGUUCUAUUUUUCGCUAGUGCCAUGAGACUUUGUAUGGAUUAUAAAGAUCUGGAGCUGGGUUAUAAAAUCCAAAAUCUGGUGGAGGUGGGGGAAAACUGGAGGCUUCUGGGGGAUUCAUUCCAACGGACCAUUUACUAUGGUCGCUUCUUCAACCUUUUGUGCAUGAUGGAGCACAUUGAUGUGGUGCUGAAAUGGUAUAAAGAGCUCAUUCCAUCGUUGUAUUACCCAAACUCACAGGGACUGAGAGAACUCCUGCAGGCUCUGGACACAGACAGUCGCUUGGACAUGCUGCCUACUAUAUGGAAAGAUAUCCGGUCUAUGGGUCAGGAUAAACUAGAAUUGAUUGAAGAGCUCCUCACCUUGAUGGCCAGAGAGAAACACAGUCCUGAGGUCCAAGAGUCAUUUGCUGUAUGUGCGCUGGAUGUAAAAAGCGCAUUUGAUGGCAGCAGAAGUAGGGCCAGUCUGGAGUGGAGCAACACCGCCCUCUCACAUGUUACUUCCCUGCUGCUGCGGGCCAACAAGAUCCAAGAGGCUUGGAAGAUGCUACAGCUUUUCAAAGCAAAGAACAGAGUUCCAUCCGAUAAACUGCUAGAGGACUUCCUGUCCGUGUGCCGGAGCGAGGGCUCUGCCCAAAGAGCCGUGGAGCUCGUUCAGCUGUCGGCCGCCUUCUGUCUGCAGGUGACACCGAAACUGGCCAAGCUGGUGCUAGCUGAGUUUGAGCUGAGCGAGGACCAAAGAGAUUUAGUGUCUGAGCUGGAGAAUGUCGCGGAGCCCACAGACUGAAGAAAGGAGUCAGCAUUCAUAACGAAAAACUGACAAUUACUGUCAAAUGUCCGGUGAGAGUUUUAAACAAGAGUGUACCCACUUGUGUAUCUAUGUCAAAAAAAUAUAUGGAGCAUAUGUAGACAAUCUGUGCCUCAUUUGUGGACAGAAAUGUGUUUAAGUUGUGUUGUUGUUUAUGUCCACCAGAGGCCGCUGUUUCUCCACAAAUGAUUACUUUAUGAUGUUGAUGCUGUCAAGUAAAAAUAAAAUAAAUUAUCACAAAAAUAGUGCUCCAAUUGCAUGAGCUAUGAUGUCUCUACGCUUUAUAUUUGCAAUUUGACAACAGCAUUUACACAAGCCGAAUUUUCUCUUGAUGAUAAGACCAACUUCCUGAAAUUUGAGAUUAGCUAUUUCCUGCAGAAUGUCGGAAUACAUGUUGGUGUGUUUGUUUGUUUGUUUGUUUUCUGACGCCUUGAAAUCAAGUAGUGAGGUGACAAACUAGGGUAAUUCCAGAGUCGGAUGACUUUUAAAAAAAAAUGUAGCCUCCCCACUCGAUGAACAACAUACGUACACACUGUAUGAAAAAACAAAAUGUUGGUGUCUUAAUUCUGAAAUCCUUAUAUUCUUAUAAAUUUCGUGCACUAAAAGAG